AUGCCAGCCGAAACCCCCUCAUCUCCACCAUCAGACCCUCUCCUCGACACAGGCAAGAGCGCCAACGCCUCCCCACCAGACCCUCUCCUCGACACAGGCAAGAGCGCCAACGCAUCCUCGCCAGACACCUCCCGAGCAGGCACCUACACAGUCCCCUACCGAGACCCCGUCAACGCAAUCCAAAGCCCCCCCGAACACGCCAACCGUCAAGGCACCUCAGCCUCGAAAUUCGCGCAACAAGACGUCACGCACGCAGCAGGACAAUUGGAACAUGGCACCCCUCACGUAAGACCCGACGGACAAGGCAAUGAUGUUAGUAUCAUGGAGCCUCGAACUGUGGGCCAAGCAGCGAAAGAAACGCCGUUACAUCGAGAGGAAGAGCAUGCGCCGACGGUUGUGGAGCAGGCAAAGGAAUAUGUCGCGAGUGUGGCGAGUGCUGUGGGGUUGGGUGGUGCUGCUGCGGAGGAGAAGCUGGAGAAGGAUGUUAAGGAUGUUAAGGCGGAGGAUCACCGGGUGGAUCAGAUGGAGCCGCAUCAGGUGGAGGAGUUUAUGAGGGCGCAGAGUCAGAGUCAGCCUGAGCAGGUUCGAUCGUAGUUCGUGAUGGCCUCCCUAUAAUGGCUGGCGUUCUGAGCGAGCGUGGGUCUUUUUCUGUAGAUACACUGCACUGCUGUGCCUGUGCCUGUGCCCGCGAGGUCCUCACCGAAACACCGCUGUCCGGAU